UCCUGCCUUCUACACAACCUCCAUUUGAUUUUGAUACAUUUUAAAGAAUGAAGUGCAGUGUGAUCAUUUUUGUGCUGUCCGCGGUUGUCCUUGCGGCUCAACCUGGAGAAGGUUUUUUACACCUCCUCCCUGGCAUCAUCAAAGAUGUUGGUCAUGGUAUUAAUGGCCUUGCUCACCUCAUUCAUGGGCCUGGAGACAAUGAAGUACAAGCAGACCAGCAGCAACUGGCCCAGCAGGAAGUGGACCAGCAGGAAGUGGACCAGCAGAAACUGGCCCAGCAAGAAGUGGACCAGCAGAAACUGGCCCAGCAAAAAGUGGACCAGCAGCAGCAACUUAAGGCUGUAAAAUAUCGUAUUGCUUAGACUCAGUGAACAAACCUGAGAAUGCUUUCAAGCUUGAACUAAUUCUACAAGUAGUCUUGUCUAUAACCUCAAGAAUUCUUUCUUGAAAAUGUAUUCUUUGCUAAAAAUUAAGUUGAUCAGUUUGGCUCUUAGCCUGUUGAACAAUAAACCUCUGCAGCAGCAUAUUGAAA